UGAGUUUUGAGGUGGGACUUGAAUGUUGUAACAGUUUCGGACAGUCGGAUGUGUGGAGGGAUGGAGCUCCAGAGCUGGUGCGUGCGUAGUUCAGUCCUCUCCUUUCCUCAGGUCUGUCUCUGACUUCAGAGUCUCCCUCCAUAAUCACCCACAGUAUCACCUCUGGUUUAAAAAAACAGAACAUGAAUAUCUCCAUCCCCUCCAUCCUGCGGGGCCUGGGAGGGAAAUGCCUUCUCAACUGGGCUCUGGUGUUUCUUCAGAGGAACCACAUCUGCAAAAGCUUCCUGGGAGUUUUCAGUGUCUCCCUCGCUGUCGUCGACACACUCCUGACCCUCUCUGUCACCGCCCUUCACAUCCACGCUGAUGGACACCUCCUGGGCCUGAAGCUGACCAGGUACCAUGUAUGUUUGCUGGUUCAAAUCAUUGGAGAAGUGUACAGCGCUCUGCAGUGGCCGGUUGUCGUCGUGGCAGGUUUGGACCAUUUCUCCACCAUCACUCGGAGGUUGAAAACAACCACCAAAUGGAUCUCCUGCUUAUUUGUGAACUGCCUGCUGUGGUGCCUCGUCACUCUCUACGUCUUCUUGCUGUCCGACUUCAGACCUGUCAUGGAGGAAGUGUCUCACAACCUGAUACACCAGUGCUGGGUCUUCCACACCCCUCAGAUCCUGCAGGUCGCCACAUUUCUCUUCCUGACUCUGGGCUGUGCAGUACUGCAUGCUGUGCGCAGCACAUCAAAAAAUCCUCCUCUGAAAGAUCAAAAGACAGAACAAAGUAGUGCUCACGCCAGAAGACGUGUUGUUCACCAAACCCUGAAUAUAUUUGGGAACACAUGGGCCUUAUUUCUGUUUUUUCUGGCCGUGGUCCUCCUGUUACCUGUGGGAAUACCUGCAUAUCUGGGUCUGAACAUUGCCUGGCUCUGCUUCCUCAACAGUCUUCUGAUAGCAGUUGUUUUAUGUGCAGUCUGUCCAGCCUCGCAGCUAGCGCAGGGCCUGGCAGAAGUCCCCUCCGACAGCUUCUGUGAGUGGAGAUUUAAAUUUAGCCUGGCUGCAGAGGAGAGAACGCGGCCACAGAGAUAAAAUACAAACAGGACUCGUGUCAGAAGACGUGGACUAAGCUGCUAAGACCUCAACGUCUUAUCGGAAGAAAGUCAUUUGUGUUUCCAAAGAAAAGUUGGGUAGCCAAGGUAACGGCUUUACAAAUAGAAAUGUGGAUCUAUCAGUCACCACUUGGUUCAGACAUUCAUGGCGAUAGGAGAAUUAAUCCUAAUGACUUUGGUGAUCCAAAGACGUUUCAUUUAUUUUUUAUUAACAUUUGUGUUUUUGAGUAAA